AUGGGUGAGCUGCCACCAGCAAUCGUAAUAGACAAUGGCUCAGGUCUGCUCAAGGCUGGCGUUGCUGGGGACAAGGAACCACGGACCACCUUCACCAACUUGAUAGGGCGGGCCAAGGCCAAGUCUGUGAUGCUAGGCGCUGGCCAGAAGGAGUUCUACAUAGGAGACGAGGCACAAGCCAAGCGAGGGAUCCUCUCUCUCAGAUACCCAGUAGAACAUGGAAUUGUCACAUCCUGGCCAGACAUGGAGAAAAUAUGGAGGCACGUUUAUGACAACGAAUUGAAGUUAAACGCUUGCACAAGACCAGCACUGAUAACGGAGGCACCGCUCAACCCACUGGCCAAUCGUGAGCAAAUGACAAAACUGCUCUUUGAAAAAUUUGAGACACCAGCCAUCUAUGUGGCCAUCCAAGCUGUGUUGGCACUCUAUGCUGCAGGCCUCACCACUGGUUGUGUGAUGGAUUCUGGAGAUGGAGUCACCCACACAGUACCAAUCUUUGAGGGCUACUGUUUGCCUCAUGCGGUUCUCCGGCUUGACCUGGCAGGACGGGAUCUCACUGACUACCUCAUGAGAAUACUGAGGGAAAGUGGAGUUGCCUUAGUGAGCACAGCUGAGAGGGAAAUUGUGAGAAUCAUGAAGGAGGGCUUGUGCUAUGUGAGUCUGAACCCUGAGGAGGACAUGGCUAAAAGACCUAAUGAGUUAGAGAAAACUUGGAAGCUCCCUGAUGGACAGAUCAUUAAAGUCCACAACCAAAUGUUCCACUGCCCUGAGACCCUCUUUUGUCCAUCUAACAUUGGCGUGGAAGCCCCUGGAAUCGAUAAACUCCUCUUCAACACCAUCAUGAAAUGUGACAUCGACUUGAGGACAACCUUGUAUGCCAAUGUGCUCCUUUCUGGUGGUUCCAGUCUCUUUCCUGGCAUUGCUGACCGCUUGACAAAGGAGCUGAUUCGCAUGGCUCCCAAGGACACGGAGGUGAUGGUCAAUGCACCCCCUGACAGGAAGAUCUCUGUCUGGAUGGGAGGUUCCAUUCUUGCUUCUCUCUCUGCCUUCCAGGAGAUGUGGAUUUCCAAGGAAGAAUAUGCUGAAGUUGGGCCCAAUAUAGUACACAGGAAAUGCUUCUAG